CGUUUCCGUCAGAAAUAAGUGCGGGCAAAAGGCUAGUCCAUCGGCCGCGAGUCGGGGAGGCGAUAAUUGUCGCUCUGGCCGAACAAUUCGAGCAAAAUCACGCAGUGGUAACGGCGACAAUGGAAAUUCGCAAAGUGAUCGAGCUGCUUCGGGCGACGAUCGACCCAAAUCAGCGUCAACAGGCCGAGAACCAACUCGGCCAGAUUCACAAGAUCAUCGGGUUCGCGCCGUCGCUCCUUCAGGUGGUGAUGAUGGCCGACUGCGACAUGCCAGUCAGACAGGCCGGAGCCAUCUACUUGAAAAACUUGAUUUCCGCGAACUGGCAAGACAGGGAAGCGGAACCCGGGCAACCGAUGCCGUUCGCCCUCCACGAACAGGACAGGGCGCUCAUCAGGGACAGCAUAGUGGACGCUGUGGUGCACGCGCCCGAUCUUAUAAGAACUCAGCUGUGUAUGUGCGUUAAUAAUAUGGUCAAACACGAUUUUCCCUCGAGGUGGACGCAGAUCGUCGACAAGAUCAGCGUGUAUUUGUCCAACCCGGACCCGAGCGGCUGGCACGGUGCCCUGCUCUCUCUCUACCAGCUGGUUAAAAACUUCGAGUACAAAAAGGCGGAGGAACGGGGCCCACUCCACGAGGCGAUGAAUCUGCUGCUGCCUCAGCUCUAUCAGCUCGAGGUCAGGCUGCUGCCCGAUCAGUCCGAGCAGUCCGUGCUGCUCCAGAAGGAAGGGCUCAAAGUGUACUUUGCCCUCACCCAGUAUAUACUACCCCUCGAGCUGAUCACGAAGGAGACCUUCGCCCAAUGGAUGGAAGUUUGUAGGCAGGUGGUGGAAAGGGCGGUGCCUCCGGCCGCUUUCCAACCCGACGAGGACGAGCGCGCGGACCUGCCGUGGUGGAAGUGCAAGAAGUGGGCGUUGCACAUCCUGUUCCGGAUGUUCGAACGGUACGGCUCUCCCGGUCACGUGUCCAAAGAGUACAACAAGUUCGCGGAAUGGUACCUGCGCACGUUCAGCACCGGCGUGCUGGAGGUGCUGCUCCGCGUCCUCGACGGCUACCGCAGCGGCCACUGGGCGCCGCCCCGCGUUCUCCAGCAGACGCUCAACUACCUGAACCAGGCGGUGUCGCACGCGCACACCUGGCACAUCCUCAAACCCCACAUGCCCGCCAUCGUGCAGGACGUCAUCUUCCCGCUGAUGAGCUACUCGACGGACGACCACGAGCUCUGGACCGUUGACCCCCACGAGUUCAUCCGCGUCAAGUUCGACGUGUUCGAGGACUUCGUGUCGCCGGUGACGGCCGCGCAGACGCUCCUCCACUCGGCGUGCAAGAAACGCAAGGAGAUGCUCGGCAACACGAUGAUGAUGCUCACCCAGGUGCUGACCAACGCGGCGACGGAACCGGCGCAGAAAGACGGCGCCCUCCACAUGGUCGGCUCCCUGGCCGACAUCCUCCUCAAAAAGGAACCGUACAAGGACCAGCUCGAUCACCUCUUCGUCAAGUACGUGUUCCCGGAGUUCGGUAGCGAGCGGGGCCAUCUUCGCGCGCGCGCCUGCUGGAUGCUCCACUAUUUCGCCGAAUUCGACUUCAAGCAGGAGCAGAUCCUGAUGGAGGCGGUCAAUCUGACGGUACGCGCGCUCCUCUUCGACAAGGACCUGCCGGUCAAGGUGGAGGCGGCGAUAGCGCUCCAAUCGCUGCUCAACUAUCAGGAAAAGUGCCACAAGUACAUCGAGCCCCAGGUGAAGCAGAUCGCGCUCGAACUGCUCACCAUCAUCCGCGAGACCGAGAACGAGGACGUCACCGGCGUGAUGCAGAAAUUGGUGUGCGUGUUCACGCAGCAGCUCGCCCCGAUCGCGGUCGAGAUCUGUCAGCACCUCGCCUACACCUUCACCCAAGUGUUGGACACGGACGAGGGCUCCGACGAGAAAGCGAUCAUGGCGAUGGGCCUGCUCAACACCAUCGAAACGCUGCUGACGGUAAUGGACGACCAGCCGGAGGUGAUGCAGCUGCUCGAGCCGACCGUCCUCCAGGUCAUCGUCCAGGUGCUCCGUAACGAGGUCCAGGAGUUUUACGAGGAGAUCGUCGAGCUCGUCUACGACCUGACCAGCAAACGGAUAUCGCCGGACAUGUGGAAGGUGUUCGAGCUCCUCUACCAGGUGUUCAUGAAGAACGGCAUCGACCACUUCACCGACAUGAUGCCCGCCAUCCACAACUACGUCACGAUCGACACCGACGCGUUCCUCUCUGACGAGAAACGUCUGGUCGCCAUCUACAACAUGUGCAAGGAGAUCCUGACCAAGGACUGCGGCGAGGAUCCCGAGUCGCACGCGGCCAAACUGCUCGAGGUGCUGCUGCUGCAGUGCCGCGGCAAAAUCGACAGCGCCGCCCCGAUGCUCGUCGAACUGGCCGCCACGCGGCUCCUGCGCGAAGUUAAGACGAGCGAGCUGCGCACCAUGUGCCUCCAAGUGCUGAUCGCCGCCCUCUACUACAACCCGCAGCUGCUGUUCGCCGUGCUGCAGAAGAUGCCCGACUUCACGAACCACUUCAUCAAGCAGUGGCUCCACGACACCGACUGCUUCCUCGGCAUCCACGACCGCAAACUGUGCGUCCUCGGCCUGUGCACGCUGAUCGCGAUGGACGAGAAGCCGCCCGCCCUGCUCGAGAUGGCGCCCAAGGUGGUGCCCGCGCUCAUCCUUCUAUUCGACGGCCUGAAGAGGGCGUACGCCGCGAAAGCGCAGGCCGAAGCGGAGGAGGAGGAGAGCGAGACCGACGACGACGAGGAAAUCGAGGCGGAACUGCUCAGCAGCGACGAGGACGAGCUCGAGGACGAAAGCCAGACGUAUCUCGACAGUUUGGGUAGGAAGGCGACGACCGAAGGUCAAGCGAAGGGCGUCAACGUGACCGCCACGAUCCACGACAUCGAGGACGGCUCCGACGACGAGGACUCGGACUACGAGCCGACCGAGGAGACGGUGCUCGAGUCGUUCACCACGCCCCUGGACAAGCCCGACUGCGACGUCGACGAGUACCAAGCGUUCAAGCAGGUGAUGACGAACAUCAAGAACCGCGAGCCCGAGUGGUACAACGCGCUCACGGCUCACCUCAACGAGCACCAGCUCAAGACGCUGAACGAGGUGGUCGUGUUGGCGGAGCAAAGGGCUGCGGCGCGCGAAAGCAAGCGGAUCGAGCAGCAGGGCGGUUACAUGUUCACGCAGCAGGCAGUGCCGACGAGUUUCAAGUUCGGCGAGGGCAACUCGUGAGGGACCCGACGCCGGCGUUUCGACCCACGUUAAUUUAUUGACAGUGUAUAAUGCGCGACGGCGGCGGCGCCACUCAGUAAAUCUCCGUUUUAUUUUUUGAUUAAGUGCCUUUUUAUUACCGACGGGGGGGGAGGGGGCGAGAACGCCGCGUCCCCCCGCUCCCCUCGUAACCAAUUUUCGUUGUCGGCCGGAUAUCGUUCGAGAGGGGGGGAGGCAAUUAAUAAAUCGAAGUCUUA